AUGCAGAAUGGUGUUGUGAUGAUUGGGAGGAUUUCCUUCACUAUCACGCCAGAUUACAUCACGGAGGUCACUGGUUUGUCGAAUAAUGGUGAAUGGGUGGAAAGACGCAACAGUGGAGACUACAAAGGGUUUAUGAAAAAAAUCUUCGAGAAAGGGGAGAAACUGGAGGCAAUUCAGAAUGGGCAUGGUUGCUUGUGUUCGGACGGUUCUACCUCCUCUGCUGAGAAUAGAGGAAAAUAUACCCUUGCUAUCCUAGAUAAAGAAUCCCUGGAACUUACCUUGCUCAAUGUGAACCCAGAUAAGAGAAAGCUAGAAACCCCCAAGAAUUCCCUGGACAAAAUUGACUACAACUCUAGGGAAAGGAGGUCAUCUAGGCUUCAGGCUAAGGAAAGAAAAGAGGAAAUAAAAAAAGAUGAUAACCGGGCCAAUGUUAAAAAUCUGGAGGAAAUUUAUGAUUUGGAGGAGGAUGAUAAUUUUGUUGAUAAUCCCGAGGAUGAGGAUUUCCAGGAGGAGGAGGAUGACCCAAAAGAUAAUUUCAAAGAGGAAAUGGAAGAAGAAGAUGAUGGGGAUGAGAUCAAUGAGACUGAGGUGGACUUGGAUACUCCGGAACAAAGCCCUGAGAAUGUUGUUCUGGGCACAGUAUCUGGUCAGGGGAGGAUUAAAAAGAACAAGAAGAAGCUGGCGAAGUAG